GUAUAACUUGAACAAUUAACUGAGUACUUUGAAUGCCAAUACAACACACCAAGUUCCAAAUUCUGGAAGGCCGCGCUUCCGCACAUCAAAUGUCUUAGCAGAAACAUAGUUGAUAUCAAAUGGCUGAAGAACAGACCGCCCUGUCACUUAGCUGGGUCUUCGGGGCCUCGGCGCACGUAAAGCAUGGUGUAGUCAACUUGUCCGAUGGCUACACGGACAAAAUCUGCUAUCUUGCGGCCAACACCGCGGUCAUCUAUGAUAAACGUUUGAGGCGGCAAUUGUUCUUACAGGGCCACACCAGCCCCAUCACAUGCAUCGUGACCACGGAGGACCGCUCGCAUGUGGUCACUGCGGACACGGGGCCGGAGGCGCUGCUGGUGGUGUGGAACGUGCGUACAGGGUUGCCCACGCGCACCGUGCAGCAGCCGCACCGGCACGGCGUGUCCACCAUGGACAUGUCGGCGGACGGCCAGUGGCUGGCCACCGUGAGCGCGGCUGACCCGGAGAGCGGCGAGCAGGAGGUGUCGCUGUGGUCCAUGGCGGCGCUGCUCACGCCGCCGGAGGCCGCGCCGCCCGGGCAGGGCCCGCUGCGGCCACUCGUCACCACCCUGGUGCCCGCCGGCGACGUGCAGCACAGCAUCCGCUUCUCGCCUAACAACCCCGCGGAGCUCAUCUCCAACGGCCGCCGCCGUGUGUACUUCUGGAGCUGGGCGCCGGGGUCGCCGCGCUUCCAGUACUACUCGCCGCCGCUGCGCUCGCGCGACUUCAAGCAGUCGGUGGGCGACUUUGUGAGCUCUGUUUUCGUGCCGGGCACCACACAGGCGCUGACCGCCACCACGGAUGGCGACCUGGUGGUGUGGGACGAGCAGGGCAUCGCGGCGCAGGUGGGCACCAGCGCGACCGACCGCCGCGCCAUCAAGCUGAUGCGCAUCCACAACUGCCCCAUCACGCUGCUGGCCACGGUGGGCGACUUCAUCGUGUCGGGCGGCGAGGACGGCUACGUGCGCUUCUUCGACCCGCUGCUGCGCAUUGUGGCGUGGUUCGAGGACCUGGCGGCGGGCCCGGUGACGUCGGUGGCAUUCUCCGCGGUGCUUCCCGACCGGCUGGCCCACGCGGACGCAGCUGACACGCUGAACCGCUUCAUGGUGCCGGACUUUGUGGUGGCCACACGCAACAGCCGCAUCGUGUCCGUGCAAAGCGCCUCCUUCGAGGAGUACGACGCGGACCGGCGGCGCGGCAGCAGCGUGCUGGACAGCCUGCUGGCGGACGUUGUGGACCUGGCGGCGCACCCCACACGAGCCGAGUUUGCGGUGCUGGGCCGCGACGGCGGGCUGCAGCGCUGGGACUCCAUCGCGCACUGCCUGCUGGGCGGCCGAGCCUUCGAGCGCCAGGUGGGAGCCUGCCUCACCUACAGCCGCGACGGCAGCCUGCUGGUGGUGGGCUUCGGCAGCGGGCACCUGCACAUCCUGAACGCGGACGACUGCAGCGACCUGUACGUGAUGCGCAACACGGCGGCGGGGCUGGUGCGGGUGGCGGUGUCCAACACCGGCAAGCACAUCGCGGCGGCAGACGAGAACCACCAGCUGCUGCUGUACGCCUACCUGCCCUACAAGCACACCAUGCGGUGGGAGUACGUGGGCCGCUGCAGGUCGCACCACGGCCCCAUCGCCUCGGUGGUGUUUGGCGAGUCGCCCAGCGGGCAGACGCGGCUGCUGUCAGUGGGCGGCGACGGGCGAGUGGUGGAGUACGACCUGGCGGCCUCGUCCGUGGCGGCGGGCGUGCAGGUGGCAUCCUUCUACGACUUCCCACCGGGGGGCGGCGCGCCCACCUCACUGUCCUUCGCGCCGCCCCUGGCCUACUUCCAGGCCUUCGCAGCCGACACGCACCUGCUGGUGUCGGACGACAGCUACAAGAUUCGUGUGUUCAAUCCCGACUGCCCGGCUGUGGAGGCCACCUUCCUGGGCCCCACGUUCGGCGGCCCCAUCUCGCAGCUGGUUAUGUUCAAGAGCCCCUCCGCCGCCUCCGACGGCGCCUUCCUGGCCUACCGCACCAGCGAGCGGGUGGUGGGGCUCAUCGCCUGGCCGCUGGACGGCGACCCGGCGCGCACCAUGGGCCUCAUCGCGCACCCGGGCGAGGUGCGCUCCAUCGCCAUCAGCUACGACGGCCGCAAGCUGCUCACAGCGGGCGCUGACGGCACAGUGGCCAGCUGGGACAUCAACACGGCGCCGCUGGAGCGGUCCGCCACGGCGGCGGAGGGCGCAGGCGGCGAGGCGCGCUGGGCGGCGGUGCUGGGCGACCCGGACUUGCUUCGGGAGAUGCGUGACUACUUCGUGUACGCCCAGAUCAAGACGCAGGGGGAGGACGCAUUGGAGCCGCGCGACGUGCCGGGCACGGUGCCGGUGGACCUGGUUCCAGACCUGAUGCGCUCCGCCGGCUUCUACCCCUCCGAAUCCGACAUCGACAACCUGCUGCACCACGUGCAGUACAUGGCACACAGCCGCAACAUGGAGUCCCUGGAAGUGGUGACCUUGGCCGACCUGCUGUGCCUGUACAUCAACCACCGCCCGCUGUUCAACGUUACGCACGCCGACAUCGUGGCGGCGUUCCGGGAGCUGGGCGGCCGCGGCGACCCAGCCAAGCUGUCGCGCGAGCAGCUGCUGAGCCUGCUGCAAAGCACUGGCGAGCCGAUGAGCGGCGAGGAGCUGACGGCGGCGCUGGCGGCACUGACGGGCGCGCACACGCCGGAGAAGUCCAUGCCCGUCUCCGUGGCGGCCGAGCAGUUCAGCGCCGAUGUGCUGGGCUUCGACACGACGGAGGCGGGCGCGGAGGCGGCCACGUAGUGGUAAUGGCGGCGACGGCAGCUGGUGGGCGGUAAUGUGGAGUCCUGCAGUCGGAGUAGGUGGUGUGGUGUGGUGUGGUGUGGUGAGGUAUGGUGCGGGUGUGGGAGCUGAGCCGAACGCCAGUUGCGGCGUCAUCCAGGCGGUGUGAGGACACUGGACUGAGUGCUGAUGUUGAACAGGAGGGCUGACGCCCUGAGACGCGAACAGCAGGUCGCGGCGAGCAGCAGGACGAGCUGGAUCCAGUGCCAAAUUGGGCGCGCAUGCUGCGUUAUUUGUCCUUGCGUAAAGGUCAGACGUACAAAUGUCCUCGGAGUCCUUAUUUGUGCAACUGUUUACCACCCAUUGGGACGACGUAUGGAACCGCCCUGUCGAGUGCCAGCCUUAGGAUGCGUGCAGCCUGGCUUGCUGUCUUUGCCGCGCUAGCACCUUUUCAACAAUCUCUUGCUUUGCUCGAUCUCUUAAUCGCACAG